AUGGGCAGCGUGGAUCGAGUCGAUGAUAGGACCUUUAGGGUUAAUUUGACGGGCGAUUCAGUUGUCAAGUUGAGAGCGAGUGUGAGGGAGAAGCUUAAGGAGUUCAUGGGGGAUUACACCGACGACACUCUUGUGGUACGGACUCUCUCAUUUGGCUUUUGGUCCCUUUUGCGCGUUGUUCUGAAAUUUACGAUGAUUGUUGGCCAGUUUUCAGUGGUUUGA